AUGAGCGACACAGCCACAGAUCCAACUACCGAUAUGAGUGCGACCGAAACUGCUACCGAAGAUCAAAGUAUUAGUACCAAAUCUACCAAAUCUGCUAAGAGACCUUCACCAAAACAGAAGUUCUCAUACAAAACUGAAGAUGGUAGCACCUCCGAAAUCACUUUUUGGCCAUCCUCUUCCCAGCGAGAUUCCAAUAAACACCGAAAAUGGUAUAUCAGCGAAACCACCGCUGGUACCGAUGGAGAAGGAGAAUCUAGUGGGUCAAAACCUACUUUGAUGAGUUUGAGUGAACUUAAAUCAAGUGAUAAUAAAGCGUAUAACAAAGUGUACCAAAAGAUCGCCACUUCAGGUAAAGGAAAAGGCCGAGGUGGAACUAGGUUGAGAAAAGUUGAUAAAUUCACUUUUGAUGAUGAUGGGAAGACCAACACUAUUACUAUCUUAUCGACCGGUACAAAGGGUGAUGAGAAAGAUACCAAGUACUAUGUGCAUUCUGUAGAUGGUGAAGGGAAUAAUACAAAGUCUGAAGGAUUGACGUGGGACGAGAUUACUUCGGAAGAUCAGAGUGAGGGGUUGAGGAGUAAAGCGGCGGAAAGAAUGAGGGAGAGAGGGAAAGAGAAAUAUAUGUAUAAAGAUAGUACUACAGCGGACCGCAAGUCCAGUAAAGUCAGUAGGUCAAGAAGAAAUCCCAAAGGUAGAAGCGCGAGGAGUGGGAAAGGUAAAUGA